AUGUUCUCGGUUUCCCGGAGAUUGAGCCCGCUAAAACGAAUGGAUGGCACUCCUGUAGGGAAUAGAUUGCCGGUCCAACUGAUCAAAGCAGUAGAAUGGACCAAGUGGAUAGAAGAGGACGACGAAGAUAUUAGGCUUCUUGGUUUUGGGGAGAAGAGGAUUUUCACCGACUACUUUAAUUAUCGCGUCGACUUUUUGCGUAUAGGUUGUACGUAUCCUGGCGAGGAUGAAGUUUUACUUUUUCAAAUGAUUGGCUUUGUGGAGGAGUUACUAGCUGAAUAG